UGUGUAGUCUCGAACCGGGAGAGUUGUCGUCAGGCAUAGGCUCUCUAUUUAUCUCAGAAAGUGUAUGUUUUUUGGAUAUACAGUAUACAACUAAUGCAUAUAUAUAUGCUUAGACAUGAACUGGAUUUGUGAACUUAAAUUAAAGUUGUGUUGUUUGUUGUUAUUGUUAUUAUUGAUGUUAUUGUUUGUCUUUGUGUUAUAACCUAAACCGCAAAAAGAAAACAAUAUUAUGGACAACAAUCAGUAAUGCAAAACGGCAUUAAUUAUAGUAAUCUGGAGCCAAUAUACCACAACUAUCCCCCGUAUAUUGGCCGAUUCGGUGCCGUUUGGGGACAGUUAGCUACAUCUCCUUCACGACACUUAGUCAAUGGACACGGAGUAGACGGAUCGCCAGUGCUGUCCAGUGCCGCAUCGGUAUAUCACCGAAUCUCGCCGUAUGACGGUCUCUAUCAUUCACCAUUUCAUGCCAGUCCAACCGGGCUAUCGUUAAGCCCCGGCCUCAGUCCCGCCGGUCUUAGUCCAGAUUUGGUGGCACCGACAGCAUUACACAAUGAUUACUUACAACAGGUCAGUCUACUCAACCAACGUAUGGCUGCCUCGAUGGCAGCCCUAUCGGGCCAGAGCCAGGAUCUCAAUCCCACUCAUCAUCACCUGCACAACGAGGCCACACUGGCGGCCGCAGCAGCCGCUUAUGGAGCCUCAGUCACCUCAUUAUCGACUACCAUUGAUAGCCCGUUUCGGGCGCCAACAUCGGCCGCCAGUGCAUUGACCUCCAGUCGCAAGCGAGCUCUGUCGGCGUCGCCUUAUUCCGACUUUGACAUCAACUCUAUCGUACGAUUCUCACCCAAUUCAUUGGUCUCUUUUAUGAACGGUUCCCGAUCUUCCAGUGCCAGCGGAUCCUAUGGUCAUCUAAGUGCCGGAACAUUGAGCCCAUCCCUGGGUAUGCAAGCAAGCGGUCACACUGUCCUACCAUCACAUCUGCAUCAUCUGAUGCGAUCACCUAUAUUACUACCUCAGCCGACACCGUUGAUGCCGAAUACGGCUAAUCUGACCGGUUCGGCAUUUGUACCGCAUCAUCCAUCACCGCUUAUUCACAGCCACCAACUGUCCAGUCAUGCGUCCAAACUUGAAGCAGCGGUGGCGGCAGCCGCUGGUAUCGGAGCACCGCAUUCGGGCCGUGAGACUGCUUCUAAUGUAGUUUCGUCCACUGUUGGUGAUCAGGAUGUACAGACCGGUGCCACUAACCGACCCAAAAUAAAACUAGAGGACAACGGCGACGCUAAUGGUGACAAUGGCGACGAUCACAACGAACCUGAUUUUAUUGAGACCAACUGUCAUUGGGAUGACUGUAGGCUUGAGUUUAAAACACAAGAGCAACUCGUGAAGCAUAUCGGAGAUCACAUUGCGGCCAACAAAAGAAGUUUUGUCUGUUUAUGGAAGGAAUGUUCGCGUGAGAGGAAGGCAUUCAAAGCACAGUAUAUGUUAGUCGUACACAUGAGACGGCACACCGGAGAAAAACCAUACAAUUGCACAUUUGAAGGUUGUGUGAAGAGAUACUCGCGAUUGGAGAAUCUGAAGACCCAUUUGCGCUCACAUACGGGUGAAAAGCCCUAUACGUGUGAGUUUCCCGGCUGUUCAAAGGCGUUCAGCAACGCCUCGGAUCGGGCCAAACACCAGAACCGGACGCACUCUAAUGAUAAGCCAUAUGUAUGCAAAGUGCCCGGUUGUGUCAAAAAAUAUACUGACCCGUCAUCGCUGAGGAAACAUGUGAAGACAGUGCACGGACCAGAAGUUUACGCAAAUAAAAAACAUAAGGGAAGUCCUAAUAAUAAUAAUAAUAAUAAUAAUAACAACAGUCCUAAAGGAAAUACUAUUAUUACCGAUAAUUUUAAAUCCGAAUUCAUUGGUUCACCCAAUGGAUCGCCGGAUAACGGAUCAAACAAAUCUCCGUCCGAGAGUAACUCACCCACUGGAUCGAGUGGCUCAGGAUCGGCCUCUAACUCAGGUUCUACACCGACAUCGGCAGCGACUAACCAUCCGAUGUGCGACAUAGCAUGCGAUGGUUUAGAUCAGCCUAUCAGCGAUAACUCCGUGUCGACCACUUGUAUCGGAACUGUCGAUCAAGACUGGUCAACAGCGGUCGAAUCCGACACAAUUACCGUUGAACCCGAAAACUCAUUCAACAGGUUUGAUAUCGAGUCCGACAGUGUUGUUGGCCUACAAUCGCGAGUUGUUUCCAGACAGAGGAAUACAUUCAAGAAUAACAUCAAAGCUAUCAAAUCAGGCAUAAAAUCGGCCACAAAUUGGAUACCAUUUUUCAGAAAUAGCUCACAAAACAAGAAUAGCAAUUAUUCAUCAAUUAAUGGCAAUAUUAAUAAUAAUAAUCAAAAUAACAAACAUUUAGGCAAUAACGCAAUGUUGGGACCAAACGGCAAAAACAAUAAGAAAAGCAAUAAAUCAAAACUUAUACGACAGGGCAGUACAUCUAGUAUUACAUCCAAUUCUUUCUAUAGCUCUGUCCUCGGGUCAGAAAACUCUCAGACAUCGUCCCAUUUGACGACUUCCUCUUCGUCGGGUCCACAUAUGGUGCUCACUUCUACUGGUGAACUGAUUCGAUGCACGUCCUACGACCCGAUAUCUAUUGGCGGCUCAUCCCGGCGCUCGUCAGACGCCAGCAGUUCGGACAUUACGGCCAAUCGGCGUAAUACAAGCCGAAGCACUGCCAAACAUUUAACACAAACCGACAAUCUGGUAAUUCAACCGCAAUCGAUUGCUCUGUCCAACGAUUGCUAUCUAUCGGGACUAUCUGUUUCAUCGGGCAUAUCAGUUGGAUCAAGUGUCAGCUCCCGUCGGGCGCGUACUGCAGUUCCGCCUCCAAGUAUUACUGAGAAUGCAUCCAAUCAUCCCAACGAAAAUGUGACACUCGAUGAAUGCGAUUCCGAUCAGCCAAUCGAGACAAUGAAUAAUAUGCUACUACCGGAUGAUAUGGUUCAAUACCUGAACGAAAAGUCUAGUAAUGCGUCGACCGGUGCUACCAAUGACACCACACUAACAAAACUCACUCAACAAGAGGUUGUGCCAAAAAAUUGUAGCAAAAAUAAUAGCAAUAAUAAUACCCGAGCUGUGAUACCGCCACCGCCACCACCACUGCCACCUAUAGAAGUGCAUUCGUCUCCAAAUAAUCUUAAUUUAUUACAAAAUAACAAUCAAAACGAGUUUAGGGCGCCGUCCGUACCAAUGCUUUCACCAUCAACUCCGGCAUCUGUGCAGAUGAUGUCGCCACAGACACAACUUAUGUCACCCCAGAGUCAAGUUAUGUCACCGCAAACUCAAGUAAUGUCACCUCAGAGUCAGGUUAUGUCACCUCAGACACAGAUAAUGUCACCUCAAAUGCCACUGAUGUCACCACAGAUUCAAGUAAUGUCACCGCAACAGGUGAUGUCGCCGCCAACACAACUUCUAUCACCGCAGAUGCAGACAUCGCCCGCUUCGGUGUCAAUGAUGUCUCCUCCAAUGCCUAAACCUCAGCCGUCGCCAAAUCAGACAAACAUAAUGAACAGUCCAAUGAAACCUAUGCUCAACAAUACCAAUAAUACGACAACUAUAUCAAACAACACCACAAACACCGUUUCCGUCCAAAAUAAUACUAAUAAUAAUAAUAAUUCUGUAAAUACAAUGACAACUGGUCUCAGACCUCAAGUUGUCAAUCAGUCAGCAAUUAUGGCUCAAACCAAUGCUCAACCCGUCAAUACUGCCUACAAUCGGACACUUCCGAUGACUGCCAACAAUGCCUUUGUACAGACACAGACAAUGUCUGCUAAUAAUGGCUAUUGGAAUAGCCAUCAAUCAGCUAAUAAUAGACAAAAUAUCAAUACGUUUAGUGCAAACCCAAUGGCAAACAAUUAUAAUCAAUUUCAACAGCAAAUUGCUUGGAAUCAGACAACUGGCAACCAAAUGGUACAACAGUAUCAGCAAAUGGGUGUAAAUCAGCAACAGUUUCAACAACAGCUACAACAACAACAACAACACCAGCAAUGGUAUCAACAGUUGCAAAGUCAGCAACAGUUGCAGCAAAUGCAACAAACUUGGAACUGGAGUCAAAGGAACCAACAAUUUAUAAAUCAAAACCAAUAUCAACAACAAUAUAUGAGUCAAUACAUGAAUGCACAGCAACAGCAGCAACAACAACAACAGCAACAGAUUCAAUGGCAGCAAAAUCAGAUGUUAUACAGACAACAGUUUCAGAACAAUCAGAACCAGAAUAUUCUGGCAAAUGUGACAAAUAUAGCCAACAAUUCGGUUAUGCCAUCAAAUGGUUGUCCGACAGUUGUCACACAAAAUCAGACUCAAACCCAACAACAACAACAAACUUCUUUAGCUGUGAUGAAUAAGUGCCUUCAAAAUAAUAAUAACACGACCUUACAAAACAAUUAUCACUCGAUGGGCUCAACAUCAGUGACAAAGUGCCAAAACCAGACCAAUAAUCCAGAUGUACAAUGCGGUAGUGUUGAGAGUACUGGUGCUGGUGCUGCCGUUGCUACCGGUGCCUCUAAUAGAAAUAACAUGAGACCAGAUACCUAUCAGCGAACACUUGAUUAUGUCUACCAACAGACUGCCACCACAAACGGCAAUCUGACUACUAAUGGACAGCCCGCGAGUCCCGGAGAUGUAUUAUCGCCAGCCGGCUCAUGCAAAGUGGUCAGCUCUACCUGUCCGACACCGAAGCCUCAGUUGAACGGUACGGUUCAGGCACAACAACAGCCUCUACAGCCACAACUAUCACAAGCAAUACCUCAGCAGCAGCUGUAUCUCCGUCCGGCGUCAGCCAUAUCUGCAAUGUCUUGUAGAUCGACAUCAUCGCAAUUAUCAGCAAAUAUGGUCAUCAAUGAUAUGAACACAACACUCAACUGUCUGGUAGAGGAAAGUCGUUUUCUCAAAAUGUCACUCAACUGA